AUGGCGGGCAGUCCGGGCAGCGGGGCCUCCUUGGAGGGUAUAUCCCUGGGCUCUUCUGAGGAAGCCGAUCUCCAGAGGGAAGCCAUGCAGCAAGUCCUGGACAACCUGGGAUCCCUCCCCAAUGCCACGGGGGCCGCGGAGCUGGACCUGAUCUUCCUUCGAGGCAUUAUGGAAAGUCCCAUAGUAAGAUCCCUGGCCAAGGCCCACGAGCGGCUGGAGGAGACCAAGCUGGAGGCCGUGCGGGACAACAACCUGGAGCUGGUGCAGGAGAUCCUUCGGGAUCUGGCGCAGCUGGCAGAGCAGAGCAGCACAGCCGCGGAGCUGGCCCGCAUCCUCCAAGAGCCUCACUUCCAGUCCCUCCUGGAGACACACGACUCUGUGGCCUCGAAGACCUAUGAGACUCCCCCGCCCAGCCCUGGCCUGGACCCCACCUUCAGCAACCAGCCGGUGCCUCCCGACGCGGUCCGCAUGGUGGGCAUCCGCAAGACCGCUGGAGAGCAUCUGGGAGUGACGUUCCGUGUGGAGGGCGGCGAGUUGGUGAUCGCGCGCAUUCUGCACGGCGGCAUGGUGGCUCAGCAAGGCCUGCUGCACGUGGGCGACAUCAUCAAGGAGGUGAACGGGCAGCCAGUGGGCAGCGACCCCCGCGCGCUGCAGGAACUCUUGCGCAGUGCCAGCGGCAGCGUCAUCCUCAAGAUCCUGCCCAGCUACCAGGAGCCCCAUCUGCCCCGCCAGGUAUUUGUGAAAUGCCACUUCGACUAUGACCCUGCAAGAGACAGCCUUAUCCCCUGCAAGGAAGCCGGCCUGCGCUUCAGUGCUGGGGACUUACUGCAGAUUGUAAACCAGGACGAUGCUAACUGGUGGCAGGCAUGCCAUGUCGAAGGGGGCAGCGCUGGGCUCAUCCCCAGCCAGCUGCUGGAGGAGAAGCGGAAAGCCUUUGUCAAACGGGAUCUGGAGCUGACACCCACCUCAGGUCCGGCCCCACCCACGCCUCCCGCUUAGCCUGAUGGGCGCCAUCUCCUGUGUUCAGAGUUUGACCGGCAUGAGCUGCUCAUUUAUGAGGAGGUGGCCCGCAUGCCCCCCUUCCGCCGGAAAACCCUGGUGCUCAUCGGAGCCCAGGGUGUGGGCCGGCGCAGCCUGAAGAACAAACUCAUCAUGUGGGAUCCAGAUCGCUAUGGCACCACCGUGCCCUACACGUCCCGGCGGCCCAAGGACUCCGAACGGGAAGGUCAGGGCUACAGCUUUGUGUCCCGUGGGGAGAUGGAGGCGGACAUCCGCGCUGGGCGCUACCUGGAACAUGGCGAGUACGAGGGCAACCUGUAUGGCACGCGCAUCGACUCCAUCCGGGGCGUGGUCGCCGCCGGCAAAGUGUGCGUGCUGGAUGUCAACCCCCAGGCAGUGAAAGUGCUGAGAACAGCUGAGUUUGUCCCUUAUGUGGUGUUCAUCGAGGCCCCUGACUACGAGACCCUCCGGGCCAUGAACCGGGCUGCAUUGGAGAGUGGGCUGUCCACCAAGCAGCUUACGGAGGCAGACCUGAGGAGGACAGUGGAAGAGAGCAGCCGCAUCCAGAGAGGCUACGGGCACUACUUCGACCUCAGCCUGGUCAACACCAACCUGGAGAGGACCUUUCGUGAGCUCCAGGCUGCCAUGGAGAAGCUGCGGACAGAGCCCCAGUGGGUGCCUGUCAGCUGGGUGUACUGA